CUCGGGCUUUGCUGUUCGCUUCUUCUCGUCACUCCCAGACUCACCGUCGGCGUCCGUUUCUUUCAGUUAAGGGGACUCAAGAUCCAUGGAUAAUGCUGGUAGAGGACGCAGUAGGCCAAAGCGGAAGAGGUUGGAGAAAAAGACUUUAAAAGAAGAGCAAAAUGCGAACCAAACGUUGACUGCAGCAACAUUGGAAAAGGGGGAACUUUCAAUCGACAUUGGGCAGAGAGAUAUCCCUUUGGUUCGUUGUUCACAAAAUGUGAGGUCUAAAGCUAUAUUUGUUCUUGACAAUGCUUCCUUGCAAAAGGGCCUGGUUAGAAAGGAAUGGAAAAUUCUGAAUUCAGAUGAUGAUGCCCAACUUUUGCUAAAUCAGCGGAAGAAUCUUAAUGAUUAUCGGCCUGACAUAGUUCAUGAGGCUCUCCGCUCCAUUUUAGACAGCCCGCUUAAUAAAGCUGGCAUGGUAGCAGCUAUAUAUGUCAAAAUUGACAAAGGACUUCUUUUUGAAGUCAGACCACAUGUUCGACUUCCACGAACAUGUAAGCGAUUUUGUGGUGUCAUUUUGGAAUUGCUUCAAAAAUCCCGUGUGUAUGCAAAAGAUACAAAUGAAGUACUCCUUCGUGUUCUUGAAGAACCUGUGACACGCCAUUUACCAGUCAAUUCUCACAUAAUAGGUCUCUCUUAUAACUCAGAAAGGCUAGUUGACAUAGAGGAUUAUGUGUCGGCUAUGGAUUAUGCUGUUAGUCCUGUAUACGUGAUUCCUAUGUGUUCUCAGGUGGGUGCAAUGGUGAAUGGGAGUGUAAAGAAGGACUAUAUGCAUGAUUAUAUCUCAGUUUCUGGUUAUCCACUUUCUGCCAAAUGCUGCAUAGGACUGAUCUGUGAGGCAAUGGAGCAAAAAUGGAAUAUCUUUUGAAUGCAUUCCAUCAAGUAGUAGGUCAAUUAGAAGGACCAAAAGUUUAUUCCUUAUUUAUGUCAAAGUUCCAAAUGCAACUGAAGAUUCUUUGGCUGAUUUUAAACCUUAAAUUUGGAGUAUAUUAAAGAUUUUAGCACUU